GCAACAAAAAUACCGGCCAAAGCGUGCCGCCAGUUGUUUUGAUUUUGCGGUUACAUAUUAUGAAAUAAAAAGAAUUCAAAAAUGCUGUUAUCCCUGAAUUGUUCAACGAGGAACUUGGUGCCACGACUGCACCGUUUUACCAGCAAAAUCGCUGUUGAUGUUGAACCAGCAGUGGUCAGCGGUCUGGAGCAGGCCACCAUUAAGCCGAGGAAACAUCCGGGUGUAGUCAAGCCCAACCAUGUUGAGCUGCCAAAACAAUUGAGCGACACCCUGAAGCGCAUUGUGGGCGACCACCCCGUGAAGAAAGUAAUCCACGACGGCCAGCAGCUCAACUCCUACCUCAAAUCACGCCACCCGCCGCCCUCCCCCGAGGAGAUUGAGAACAAAAAGCGGACUAUCAUCGAUGAGGUGAACGCAAAGAUGCCGCUGGAACGGCUGGGCACAUUAAGUGAGGAGGAGGUGACACGCUGGAAGCGAAAGAGGGAGUUAGAGAUCAAUAAGCGACUAGCUCAGCGCAUCUACGCAUGGAGGCGCAUUGAGUACGGCACUUACGAAGCUAUUGUCUAUGCCGUUGCCCGCGGCGCCCAGGAAUAUGCUGUGAUGAAGCGUGUACUAACCGAGUUGGCCCAGAGAGAUGAGCAGUUCUGUCCGCGCAGCUUCUUCGACUUCGGAUCCGGCGUCGGCACUGCGAUGUGGGUGGCCAGCGAACUUUGGCGCGAUCAGAUCUUCGAGUAUUACAACGUGGACAGGUCUAGGGAGAUGAACGAGAUCUCGGAGCUGAUUCUGCGUGAUGGCCACGAGAACAAACAGAUACCCCUGCGGAACGUGUACUAUAGACAGUUCCUACCCGCCAUAGAGACUAAGUACGAUUUGGUGAUAAUUUCUCACACACUGUUCGAGAUGGCGGACCAAGAACAGCGACAGGAGGUUCUGCUUAACCUGUGGCGCAAGUGCGAUGGUUAUAUGGUCAUAGCGGAGGAGGGGACGCGCCGUGGCAGCGAGUUGGUCAACGAGGCCAGGCGAUUUCUGUUGGAACAGGACGACGAGGGCCAUACACUUGCACCGUGCCCCCAUGAUGUGGCCUGUCCACGUCUCAAAGAUCUGGCUGAUCGCACACCCUGCAAUUUUCCCAUUUCUUACGCUCCUCUUCGAUUGGGCAGUGAUUCUAAUGCGGACCGUCACACCUCUUUGUAUAGCUAUGCGAUUCUAAAGAAAGGUCCCCAAUCCGAUAGUUCCCGUUCUUGGCCCCGGAUUGUGCGACCCACUUUGGUGCGUUCGAAGCAUGCCAUCUGUAGGGUUUGCACGGGAGAAGGCAAUCUACAAGAGGUCAUCUUCACCAAGUCUAAGCACGGAAAAUCUGCCUACAGUUGUGCGAAAGUCAGUCGCUGGGGGGAUCGGCUGCCUAUGUCGCUGGGACAGCCUCAGGUCAAGCCGGGCUCCACAGAGUUAACUUUGGCCACAGAGCAAGCUGACUUGGCGUAGCUUAAGCAGGUUAAAUCGAUAUGUGAGGCAUAAAGUUACGCCCUGUCCAGGCAGGGGCUAAUUGAUACUAAAAACUGGCAUCCAAUUAGUCGAUUUAAUUAUGUGCAAACAAAUCGUUUCGGGCGGAGCUGAAAUUAAUUAAAUAGUUGCAUUUAAAUUAACCAUACAAUCCAAAUGGCAGAGCCGCAUGCUCAUUGAUACUAAAUUUCGUUCAACGGCCAACACACCCUCACCUAGAUUUUAAUGUAUGGCAAGACUAAAGGCGGAUGCGGUCGCGGAUGGGUUGGCCCCCGCCGUUAGUGGGAUCAGCUUGUUAUGUAAUGUCAUUGGUAUAUAGCCCAGCGGUCAAAUGUAAUUGUAGAGGAAGCUUUGGAAGGACUUUGAGGUGGCCAGGUAGGUGUGGCCGCACUUUUUAAACAUGUCUUUAAUACCCAGCUUUUUCUUUAAAUCAAAUCCUCACGAAAUACAAAUACUUGGUUUUAAAAA